CAUCCAGGGAAGACCAUAUCCCGUGUGGCCCUGUCAAAGAAAGAGUCUCCGAUGGACUUACACCGGGCAGCCUUCAAGAUGGAAAACUCCUCCUACCUUCCCAAUCCUCUGGCAUCUCCAGCCCUCAUGGUUCUUGCUUCCACCGCUGAAGCCAGCCGCGAUGCUUCCAUCCCUUGCCAACAGCCAAGGCCCUUCGGCGUUCCUGUGUCAGUGGACAAGGAAGUUCACAUCCCAUUCACCAAUGGCUCCUAUACUUUCGCCUCCAUGUAUCACCGGCAAGGUGGGGUGCCAGCAGCAUUCACCAACCGCGAUUUUCCACCCUCCUUGCUUCAUCUCCACCCUCAGUUUGCUCCCCCCAAUCUGGACUGCACCCCAAUAAGUAUGCUGAACCACAGUGGUGUUGGGGCCUUCCGUCCCUUUGCCUCCACUGAGGACAGGGAGAGUUACCAGUCAGCUUUUACACCUGCCAAACGCCUGAAGAACUGCCAUGAUACUGACUCUCCCCACCUCCGCUUCUCAGACGCUGAUGGCAAGGAGUAUGAGUUUGGAGCCCAGCUCCCAUCAGGCUCCCCUGGCUCCCUCAAAGUCGAUGACACAGGGAAAAAGAUCUUUGCCGUCUCUGGCCUCAUUUCAGACCGGGAGACCUCAUCUAGCCCUGAGGACCGAAACGAUAGAUAUAGAAGCGACAGCCAAGGAGGGCCGCCGGUGUCUGCGGGGGCCAGCCAGCGCAUGGCGUUAACUUUCCCUCUCUGCAAAAAGAAGGCAACGCUUUUUGACAGCCAGGCUCCCAUCUGUCCCAUUUGUCAGGUCUUGCUUCGUCCAGGUGAACUGCAAGAGCAUAUGGAGCAGGAGCUGGAGAAGUUAACGCAGCUCAACAUCAGUAAGAACUCUAUAUUGAAGGAUGUCAUGGCCCCAGGCACCCCCAAGUCAAUUUUGUUGUCAGCCUCAAUCAAGCGGGAAGGAGAUUCUCCAACAGCAUCACCUCACUCUUCAGAUGAUAUCCAUCACUCAGACAGAUACCAGACUUUUCUUCGAGUGAGAGCAAACAGACAGACCCGGCUGAAUGCUCGGAUUGGGAAAAUGAAACGGAGGAAGCAAGAUGAAGGGCAGGUAUGUCCCCUCUGCAGCCGGCCUCUCUCAGGAUCCGAGGAGGAGAGGAGUAGGCAUGUCGAACAAUGCCUUGCAAAGAGGGAAGGCUCAUGCAUGAUGGAGGAUGACUCUGUAGACAUUGAGAAUGAGAAUGGUAAUCGCUUUGAAGAGUAUGAAUGGUGUGGGCAGAAGAGGAUACGAGCCACCACUCUACUGGAAGGAGGAUUCCGAGGAUCCGGGUUCGUCAUGUGCAGUGGUAAGGAGAAUCCAGACAGUGAUGCUGACCUUGAUGUGGAUGGAGACGACACACUGGAAUACGGGAAGCCACAAUACACAGAAGCAGAUAUCAUUCCAUGCACUGGAGAAGAACCAGGGGAAGCUAAAGAGAGAGAGGCGCUUCGAGGUGCUGUCUUAAAUGGUGGCACACCUAGUACCCGAAUAACACCAGAAUUCUCUAAGUGGGCAAGUGAUGAAAUGCCAUCAACGAGUAAUGGGGAGAGCAGUAAACAGGAGCCCAUACAAAAGACCUGCAAGAACAGCGACAUAGAAAAGAUUACAGAAGAUUCAGCAGUGACAACAUUUGAAGCGCUAAAGGCUCGCGUCCGUGAGUUAGAAAGGCAGCUCUCCCGUGGGGACCGCUAUAAAUGUCUCAUUUGCAUGGACUCAUACACGAUGCCCCUGACCUCGAUUCAGUGCUGGCACGUGCACUGUGAGGAAUGCUGGCUGCGGACUUUGGGUGCCAAGAAGCUGUGCCCUCAGUGCAACACCAUCACCUCUCCAGGGGACCUCAGGCGCAUCUACUUAUGAAGGACAUGGCUGCUCAGACCAGAUGGCCCCACCAUGGGGAUUGGGGGGAAAGGAAUGGCAGCGGUGGCAG